AUGGCUCCGAUACCAUGGGGAAUGUUGUAUGUGAGCGUUGUGGGAUACUCUGUCCUCACCUCCAACUUAUUCACAUUCUUCGUCCUUGCGACCGCCCUCACAGCCUUAAAAAUUGUCUACGCUUCAUUCCUGUACCCAGAAUAUCUGACCCCAAUCAAGCACAUCCCUACCCCUCCGCUAACAGCACAGAAACGGUCAUGGGUCAGGGGAAAUACGGAUACAUACGUCGUCAUAUCACCCUUUGAAGGUAUGCUCAAUUGGACCAAAUCGGUUCCCAACAACGGGCUACUACGAUACUAUAUCAUCGGAAACAUCGAACAAGUCCUUGUGACAACACCUAAAGCAUUAAGUGAGCUUCUUGUCCAGAAUGCUUACGACUACCAAAAGCCCGAGUCUAUUCGAAUUUCCCUUGCCCGUAUUGCCGGAGAACAUGGUAUUCUUCUUGUAGAAGGCCAGGAGCACAAGAGACAUCGAAAGAACCUCAUGCCCGCAUUCUCUUAUCGGCAUAUAAAAGAUCUCUACCCAACCUUCUGGGCUAAGAGCGUGGAAAUGGUGAAAUGCAUUGAGAAAGACUUGCAGGAUCGCAGGGACACUGGUGAUAUUACUGUUACUGUUCGGCCCUGGGCAAGCCGAGCCACACUCGAUAUUAUAGGACUCGCAGGCAUGGACAGAGAUUUUGGGUCCCUCGCUGAUCCGCAGAACGAGCUUGCCGCCCAGUACCACCGAAUCCUCGAGGACCCGCCUCUCUGGCUGAAACUUCUAUUCGCCGCCGCGUUCGUCCUGGGAAACGAAGAACUCGUCAUGGCGCUGCCUGUAAAGCGUAAUAGGGAUAUAGCCGAAGGAGCCAAAUACGUCCGACAAGUGGCGCAGCAGCUCAUCAGCGAGAAGCGAGAACGGAUCAAGCAUAACCCGGAAAAAGCAGAGGGCGGAGGGGGAGGGAAGGAUAUUCUCUCAGUUGCUCUAAACAGCGGGAAUUUUACAGAUAUCGAGCUCAUCGACCAAAUGAUGACGUUCCUUGCUGCCGGGCACGAAACUACCUCGUCGGCACUGCAAUGGUCGGUCUACGCUCUCUGCAAACACCCUGAUAUCCAGACCCGACUCCGGCAGGAAAUCCGCUCCAAUCUACCCUCUGUCUCUUCCAAUGAUCCAAAGCCCAUAACCGCAGAAGCUGUAGACUCCCUCCCAUACCUCCAUGCUUUCUGCAACGAAGUCCUCCGCUUCCAUCCCUCCGUCCCCAUCACGUUUCGCACAACGACCCGCGACACUACACUUGCUGGUACCCUGCUUCCCAAGGGCACACAACUGACCAUCUCUCCCGAGGUCAUCAACCACGACCCAGAUCUAUGGGGACCAGACGCACACAUAUUCAACCCAGACCGAUGGCUCGGCCCAGGCAGAGCGAAUACCGGCGGAGCGAGUAGUAAUUACGCCCUGAUGACUUUUCUGCAUGGACCACGUAGCUGUAUUGGACAGGGGUUUGCAAAGGCGGAGUUGGCUUGCCUGGUUGCUGCAAUGGUGGGGAGGUUCGAGAUGGAGCUGGCAGAUCCGGGGAAGAAGCUUGCAGUUAGAAGGACUGCGACAAUCUCGCCUGUUGAUGGGGUCGUAGCGAGGCUGACGCCAUUGGAUGGGUGGUAA